AAAGCAAGAAAUCACUUUAAAAGGUGAUAAAAAUGAUACAGCUUUUCUAAUUCUCAAUUAAACGUUCGAAUCGAACCCAAUGGCAGAUAAUACAAAGCGCAGUUUAGAUCCAUCAGCUAUAUUACAUCAGAUUUCGCAGAAUGUCACAGCUUUAAAAAACCCAUAUGACGCCAUUGCUGUAGCUACGCAUGCAAUUAUGCUCGAUGUUGGUUUUCGUUUUGCAGGAAUUGGUGACGAUGCUCGUCAAGAGGGUGACGGUCAGACCGUCAAAUUACCCGAAGGCUGGAAUAGUAACGGACCACAUAGCUAUAACUUCAGAUAUAGUCACCCACAGUCUAGUCUAACCUUCAUCAUAAAAGUGGUUCGACUGGGUGACAAAUGUGUUAUACUUGGGUUGGGUAUAGGGGAUAAUAAGACCGCAAUACUUGAUGUUCUGACAGAAGAUUAUACAUCUGAAUCAUUCUACCCGUAUGAUUCGACAAAGAAUGAGCCAUUAGUACAUGGUUUUAUAUCCUCAAGCAGAUUUGAAGAUUUUAUCAAAUCAUAUAAGCUCAAUAUUUUACAACGUUUGAUACCAGGAUUAAAUAAGCCAGGCUAUGAAGAUACGUCAUCAAGGGAGGAGACAAGGCAGCGACACUUUCCUCCUCCAUCAAACAUACCAUCACAACCAUCAGGAGAUCAUCCUACACCGAUGUUUCCGGAUGUAGGUAGCUCAGAUUUGAAUCCGUUGGGUAACGACGGCAUUGGUGGUGGUGUAUCUAUGCCUGGUCGUGGUAGUGGUAUGUAUGUAGGUCCUGACCAUCCUAUAUUUGGCAGUCGCAGUGGUGAUGACCUUGAGGACCCUACUGGUAUAUAUGGUGGACCUCAGCCGUUACCCAGAGGAGCGGUUCCACCUGGCGCUCGUUUUGAUCCAAUUGGACCAUUUGGUCGUCCACCUGUCCGUCCACCAAGUGGACGUGGUAGAAGCGGUCCUCGUAGACUCUUUCCUGGCGAACCCAAUAAUGAUGAACUUCCUCCACCUGGUUUUGGUGACAUGUUUGGAUAAAUCAGUAUCUAGGAACAGCGCAAGUUGCCUCGACCCUUUCAUUAAUAUUAGUUAAAUGCUUGGUAUAUUCCAAAAUAAAAAGUUCAGUGAUCAUUGCUACGCGACUCAAAUAUGCUCAAAAUUUGAAGUCAAAUUGAAGUAGGCGAUCCUUUUUGGCUUGUCC